AUGAAGUCCGCGACAGCUUCGGAAUGGAGACCGGUGUUAAGGCGAACUUCCGAGGCCGACGUGGAUACUGGAGGCAGGCUGAGGUGGCCGAAGCGGAAUCGACACAACUCCAACUCCAUCGGACUCGUUUCGGGAAAAGAGCAUCAAAGUGCGAACUUUAGAUUCCGAGAGAAUCGUUUAGUCCGAGACAGCUUCGGAAUGGAGACCGGUGGUAAGCCGGACUUCGGAGGCCGACGUGGAAACUGGAGGCAGGAUGAGGUGGCCGAACCGGCAUCGACACAACUCCAUCUCCGUCGGACUCGUUUCGGAAAAAGAGCAUCAAAAUGUCGAACACCGGCCGGGUUUGGCUGCCCGUACUCUGCGGGCGGGCCCACGCACAGAAUCACGGGCCAGGCUCGCAGCGUCGGGCUCACCGUCGGAUCCGAUCCGGGCACACGUGUUCUGCCCCGAAAGCCGGAUCGACAUGGCGAGCCGGGGAGACCUUUUGAGCGUAUCGUGUGCCACGUGGUGGUGGCACGACGAGAGGAUACUGCUCGCCAGGUGGAGCCCUGGUGGCGAGGUGGGACGGAUCCGAUUGGAUCAAAGCGAGGGCCGAGUGCGCACAGGUGGCAGAGGGGCUCCAACGCCAAUCACAGACAGAAACUGGAGCUUUGGACUAAAGAAAGGUAUCGAUUCGCGGAAAUGCCACUGAAACUCCGCCCUCGUCGAAAUCGCGAGCUGCAACUGCGAGUUUGGUUCGGUCGCCACGACGCCCCGCGCUGUUUUAAAGUUCCCGACAUUGCGGACUUCGAGACGCACUUGCUGCGUUCUUUUCUCUUCUGUUCUGUUUUGAUCCGAUCCGAUCCGAUCCGACUCGAUUUCUGA